UACACUCACACACCUCUCAUUUCUAGAUCCAAAACAACAAAAAACUUACACUAUAAUAACAAAGUUAUAAUGGGAAUGUUAAGUGAGUCGUUGUGUUUUUGUAAUGGAAUUUGUAAAUCAGAAAAAACUAAGUCUUCCAUUUUCUCCGGCAAAGCUCCGUCAAUGGUCCGAAUUUCCUCCGGUACCGGCGUCGGCACCGGGUCUCUUAUCCAUAAAAACCUUUUGCUCACAACUCAUACCGUCCUUCCGUCGUUAUCCGCCGCUGAAGCUGCUGAUAUUCACCUUCAAAACGGCGCCGUUGCUUCCCUUUCUCCUCACAGGUUCUUCAUUACUAGUUCAGUCCUUGACCUAACCAUAGUGGGUGUAGAUGUUAUGGAUGGAGACUCAAAUGUAUCUGGCCAGCAGUCUUCUUAUUUAAAAACGUGUACUAAACCAAAUCUAGAGCUUGGUAGUAUGGUAUACCUUUUAGGCUACACAGACAAAAACGAGCUAACAGUUGGUGAAGGAAAAGUGGUUAUAGCCACAGACAACCUCAUAAAGGUGAGCCCUGAUGGUCAAUCCUGGAGCCCUGGUUCAGCCGGCUUUGAUGUACAAGGUAAUCUUUCUUUUAUGAUUUGUGACCCUAUGAAGCUUGCCACAUCACCAACUGUGAAAUCAACAUCAACGUCAACAUCAUCUACCACUUCCUCUUGGAAAAAGAACCCUCCAAUGCAAUUUGGUAUUCCGAUUUAUAUAAUUUAUGAUUGGUUAAACCAGCACUGGGAAGGUAGCCUCGAUGAUUUGGUUAACAAACCAAAAUUACCUAUUAUUAGGCUGAUGUCCAGUGGCCAAAAAAGUGAACACUCAUGUUCUUCGUUCACUAAAAGACGGAUUUUCAAGACCAUUGAAGACGAAGACGAAAAUCAACCUGGACCAAGCUCAUCACUGAUAGUCGAUAGCUGUCAUGAUGAAACACCAGCCAUCAAUCAACAUCAUACAAAUACGACUCAUGUGCAGGGAAUCCCAGCUCCUGAGAUAUAUGAAUCACGGAAGUUGACCUCAGGCCCAUUUAGAAAAACGGAAAACACCCAAGUACAGCUGUUGGAUAUAAACUUCCCACUUAGGAUUAGAAAGAAAGAAGUUCCUUCAACUAAUAUAGAAAAGGUAGAGUCAAAUCUGAUAGCCGAAGCUGAGAUUGAUUCCACCAGUUCUGUAAACGGGGCCCAAAGUGAGGUACAGUCGUGUGCAUCCCCGGUUGAGUUACCUCAAGUUCAAAAUGGGUAUAUCAGUGAAGGAGAGACCACAAUGUACUCUGCAGAAACUGCUGAGAGCCGUAAUAUCCCGAGUCCAAAAGAAGGAAGGUAUUAUCAGCAGCAGGUUGGGAGGAGCCAAAGCUGCGUAAGUUAUAGCAGAUGGGGUUCAGGAUCAGGGUUGGUCCAGAGGACCCCGAUUGCCCGAAGAGGUACAUAUGGUUAUUCACAAGGUACAACUUCUCAAAGGAGUAAUGACUAUUAUAGCCCUACUGUGUCGUCGAUUAUGAAGAAACAGAACAAUUCUGAACGACAGCCUAAUAGGCCUCGGCCUAAUGCAACUCGUUCGUCUCCAAAAUGGACGUUUUAGCCUUGAUUUGAGGUAAUCUGUAUCAUCUUACUUGUUCUGUCUCAAUUUUUGUAAAAUGUAACUAUAUCCACAGGGCCUAAAUGUGCAGUUAAGUUUGAAGCUAAAUCACAAAGAAUCCCAAUUUUUUAUUUUAUUUUAUAGGUUUGUAUGAAUCUGAAUUAAGAAUGAACAUUUGAAAGUUAGAAAGCCCAUCUUUUCUUUCCC